AUGGAGGCGGAGGAGGCCAGAGUGGUGUGGAGGAGGCGGAGGCCAGAGGUGAGGAGGAGGAGGAGGACAAGCGUGGGCGGAGGAGGUACAAGUGUGAGGAGGAGGAGGAGGUACCGAGUGUGUGGAGGAGGAGGAGGUCCAGAGUGGUGUGGAGGAGGAAGGACAGAGUGUGAGGGAGGAGGAGGAGUCAGAGGUGUGGGCGGAAGGGAGAGUCAGAGUAGUCUGAGGAGGAGGGGUCAGAGUGUGAGGAGGAUGAGUCAGAGUGUGUGGAGGAGGGUCAGAGUGUGA